CGUGGCAGUGACUCGCUUCGCUACAAAGGGAUCGCUUUGCAGUUGGACGCAUUUCGUUCGUUGUUGUGUUGUGGUUGUAUUGGCGGUGAGAGUUGUCAAACAUUUGUGAUGUUUUGGUCGAAUGACCACAUUUUGGAGUUUGUGGAACUAUACAAGAAUGAAAGAAUCAUAUGGGAUCCAAAGCACGUUUCGCAUAGGAACAGAAAUGAAGUUAACGAAGCGUGGGAUCGUAUACGACAAAACAUGAGUAUAGAUUGUACUGUUGUUGAUUUAAAAAGGAAAAAAGAGUCAUUGAUGACGGCGUUUCGGACACAUUUUAAAAGAAAGAGAAAGAAUCCCGACUACCAGACGGCAUGGUUUGCCUUUUCGUCACUGGAAUCCUUUCUUGGCGGCCGAUAUGAGUGUGAUAGCGCACAUCAAGGUGAAACGGAGUUCUAUGACACGAAUGAAUACGAUACGAAUCACACGAGCGACCCCUUACAAACUCUGAUAUCGAACCCAUCGACUUCCGAACGAGCGGGUACCAUAAAACAGUGCAGGCCACCCCCAAGACCACCAAUACAGAAGCAUCAAAGCCAAACUAAUUUAAGCGCAAAGAAAGGAAUAACGGAUAGUACAUAUCAACAUAGAUUUAGCGUUGUUGACAGACAGGACACUGAUGAAUGUGAUUUAUAUUGUCAAUUAUUAGCUAAAAAAUUAAGAAGGCUGGACGAGCAUCAGCGAGAUGUUGUCAUGCAUGAAAUAGACAACUUACUAUUUAACGCGAAAAUGGAAUCGUCGCACGUGAAUUACACAGAUUCUACAUCACCUGUCCCAAGGAAGAUAAAAUCUCCCGUGUUUAUUGUUACCGCUACGGGUAAUAACCAGUUUGAUGAAGAGAAUACAACAUACCAAGAGCAAAGUGCUACUUGAGAUUACUUUAAUUAUUAUUGUUUAUAAAAUAAAAGAAGCAAAAA